AUGGAAUACGACCCCCAGACCCCGCAGUAUCUGACGUCCGACAAGGGCAGCUUCGCCUCGGUCUCCGCCCGCGAGCGCUGGCCCGUCAUCCUGACCGGUGCGAUCGACGACCUGCAUCGUAGUGUCGGUGCCGUGACCGACGAGGAAAAGGCCCAGGAAGGAAAAGCGAUCAUCGAGAAGCUCGCGGCUUUCAAAUAUGAGCUCCAGCAUAACAGACAGUUGACUCCCCUCCCGGAGGAUGGCCUGCCAGACAUUGCGGAGUACAACAAGGAACUGGAACAGCGGGGAAACCCUUCGUGGCAUCACGUCUCAUGGCUAUACUCGGAAUGCUACCUUUACAGACGCCUGAGCACCCUCUUCUCCCUCUCCAAGCACUGGAAGGGCUAUGACGUGUUUGCCCGCCAGAAGAUGUCCACCUUCAAGUCGUCCCGUCCCGCCGUCCUCGAACUCGCCGCACGAUACAAGGAGCUUGCGGAGGAAGCAGAGAAGGGCACAGAGGGCAAGGACCCCGAGCAGAUUGAGCAAGCCAACCGCAUCCUCUUCUCAGAGAUGUGCGAGAUCUGCCUCUGGGGCAACGCCACCGACCUCUCCCUCCUCACCUCCCUCACCUACGAGGACAUCCAGAAACUCCAGGGUUCGGAAGCCCGCAAGGCCUCGGAGAAGAACAUCCUCGUCAAUGACCUCGACGCCGCCUUCGAUGUCCUGCAGAAAGCCCGCCGCGAGCGCAAGAACGAGGAACGUCGCGUCGACAUUGUCCUCGACAACUCCGGCUUCGAGCUCUUCGUCGACCUCAUCCUCGCCGGCUACCUCCUUUCCGCCGGUCUCGCCACCACCGUCGUGCUCCACCCCAAGCUGAUCCCCUGGUUCGUCUCGGACGUGACGCCCCCGGACUUUGCGGCCCUCAUCGACGCCCUCUCCGACGCCCAGGGCUUCUACACUGCCCCCGAUGACUCCGGCAAGACAUUCGAUCCCCUCUCCGAGAAGGAAGUCUCCGAGGUGAAAUUCCUCUUCGACCACUGGAGCCACCUCCACCAGGAAGGAAAGCUCAUCAUCCGCCCUCACACCUUCUGGACCACCCCAGGAGGCUACUGGCGCAUGCCCUACACAGCACCAGACCUAUUCAACGACCUGAAAGAGAGCGAAUUGGUCUUGUUCAAGGGUGAUCUCAACUACCGCAAGCUAACCAACGACUCCACCUGGGACCCCACCACCCCCUUCACGACCGCCAUCGGCCCGUUGGGCCCGAAAUCCGGUGUUCGCGUAAUGGCCUUCCGCACCUGCAAGGCAGACGUCGUGGUCGGUCUGCCCACCGGCGUCGACGAACAACUCCGUCAGUUGCCCGACGGCGGAGGCGACGAGGCCCGUAAAUGGGCUUGGAGUGGGAAAUGGGCCGUUGUGUCUUUCUGUGAUGGGAAGGCUUGA